CGAUCUUCUCAUCUUUCCAUUAUUCUUCCUCACUAUUCACAAAAGCUUUACAUUUAUAAUUCGACCGUACAAACCAAACUAUAUUCACUCCUAAAAUUUUCAACUUUCACAAACAUACAUACCAAUUAUCUUAUACAUCUUCAUUUUCCUUCUUUAAAUUUUCUCUUGUUCUAAAAAUGGCAAGAAAAAAGAAUAGUAUGGGAGAGAUGUUGCUAGAGAAAGAAAGCUUUAGACGAACAAAAUUCGGAACCCUUUUGUAUUCCGAACCAGUUAGUGACCCUGAAGAAAGCAAUACCAAUUCAGGUCGCAGUAGUAAUGCUUCUUCUGCUCCAAGUCCACCUAGAACGUCGUCGUUUUACACCACAACUACUACUACAACAAACUCCCCUAAUUAUUUUAUGUCUCCUUGGAAUCAAUCAGCUUCGCCUUAUGUUAAAUCUCCAUGGAUUCACCAGCCAUUACUUGAUUCCUCAGAGGAAUCAUCAGAAAACAGCGAUUGUAAAAAUGGUUUAAUUGGAUCGCUCGUACGAGAAGAAGGACACAUAUAUUCAUUAGCUGCAUCUGGAGAUUUGUUAUACACGGGUUCAGAUAGCAAAAAUAUUAGAGUAUGGAAAAACUUGAAGGAAUAUUCUGGGUUCAAGUCUCACAGCGGAUUAGUAAAAACAAUUGUUGUUUACGGAGAUAAAAUAUUUACCGGCCAUCAGGAUGGUAAAAUUCGGGUUUGGAAAUUUUUGGGUAAAAAAAGAAAAGCUUAUAAACGAGUUGGUAGUUUACCUACCAUUAAAGAUUAUAUAAAGAGUUCAAUUAAUCCCAAAGCAUAUGUUGAAGUCAGAAGAAAUCGGAAUGUUCCUUGGAUUAGGCAUUUCGAUGCUGUUUCUUGUAUGAGUUUGGAUAAAGAAAGAGGGUUGCUUUAUUCUGGAUCUUGGGAUAAAACACUGAAAGUUUGGAGAUUAUCGGAUUCGAAAUGUUUGGAAUCUAUUACUGCUCAUUACGAUGCGAUUAAUUCUGUGGUCGUUGGAUUUGAUGGAUUGGUUUUUACUGGCUCAGCAGAUGGAACGGUUAAAGCUUGGAGAAGAGAAUUGGUCGGUAAUAGUGCAAAACAUGUUCUUGUUGAAACACUGCUGAAACAAGACAAUGCUGUGACUUCACUGGCCGUAAACACCAUGGCAGCCACGGUAUACGCUGGCUCAUCCGACGGACUAGUAAAUUUCUGGGAGCGACAAAAGCAUUUCUUAGAGUACGGAGGUGCGUUGCGGGGUCAUAAAUUAGCAGUAUUAUGCGUGGCCGUUGCUGGUAAUCUGGUAUUGAGUGGAUCAGCUGACAAGAGUAUAUGCGUAUGGAGGAGAGAAGAAGGUGGUGGUGUCCAUAGUUGUUUAACAGUAUUGACAGGGCACAAUGGCCCAGUGAAGUGCUUAACCGUUGAAGAUUAUUCAAAUGACGACGACGACAAUGACAAUAACGAUGAUAGCGAAGAUGAAGCUGUGGUGAAGAACAAUAGUGACCAAUGUUGGACAGUGUAUAGUGGGAGUUUGGACAACUCUGUAAAGGUUUGGAGAUUAUCCGAGCAGGGAUUCAAUGCCUAUGAGGAUAUGUGAAAAUUGCUAGUGCUCGUACCGCCCUUUCAGGAUAGUGUAAUUAAGGCUGCAUACAUCUUACCUUCUUCAGAUCCUACUUGUGAGAAAUUACUGGGUUUGUUAUUGUUGUUGUUGCUAGUGCUAGUAUCAUCCUUUAGUAUCGGUUCAAUUUUCACUGUUUUCUUUUUUUACAAAUAUUACUACUAGUAGAAAAGGAUUCACGUGAAACCGUGGAUGGUGUGUGGUGUUCACGCGCCGCCGAGUAGGAGGCUAAGAAGCGGUUGUGGAUUGCCGUGUGGGGUUGGAGAUUACUGAUAUUUAGGACUUGGCCGUUAAGGAAAAAGACAAUGGAAAAGGACCGACAUCUUGGGAAAAGCAAGCAGCUUCACACAAUUAUGAUGGAGAAAACCGGUUUUUUGUGCCGUUAAAAACCGGCCAAACGGCGGUCCUCUUCGUGGGGGACCAGCGAGCAGAAACUUAAUAAUGAAGGAACAUUAUUAAAGAACCAGUCACGUCUAACAUUGCUCAAAUAAUACAAAACAUACUGAAGUUGUACUCUAGUACAUAUCAGCAAAAUGUCUUCAUUUCAUUGUUUCCAUUUGCUUGUAAGUUUCCUAAAUGAUUGUCUUGUAAAUUUUAGUUGGGAAGUACUAACAAAGUGAUUGAAAGUUCUGCUCCUUUAAAUCAAUUGUAAUAGAUUAUGUUAAUGUUUAAGAUUUUUGUUUGAUUUUCCUUUUCUGUAAUGAACAAAAUUUAAACUC